AUGGUAAUCAAUUCAACGUUGACUAUUCAACCAGAUAAUACCCAUGUUGUGAUACCAUCAAAUCGAAGUCGACCACAAUCAGUUCCAAACUUUUCAUCUAAAUCACCUAAAAAUUCACCAGAUCGUUCUCCUGAUGCACGAAAACGACGUCUUCUUCGUCAAAUAUAUAUUCCCGAUAAGCCACCAUUUAUUAAUUUUGCUUCAGCAUAUAUUAAUCCAUAUCGUGCAUUAACUCCUAUUCUAAUUAAUCAUAAUCGCCGACAUCGUUCAAGAAAAAGUAAACGUUCAAAACGUAAACAAAAAAUCCUAGAUAUAUCUCAUGAUUCAAUUCAUACACAAGAAAAUCAAAUUGAAGAAAAUUCAUUUACAAAACAAAUUAUUCAAAAUACAAAUCCUAUUGAUUUAUGGUUAUCUGAUCCAAAUAGUUUUGAUAUGGAUUUUAUUCGUCAACGACAAAUAGCGAUUGACAAUACAUCCUAUCGUGAAACAAUUCAUACAUGGAAACCUUCAUCAAUUGAUCAAUUGAUUACACUAAUUAAAGACUUAAGCAAAGAUAAAAACAUCAUUGAUCAAGUUUGGUUAAUCUUUUAUUGGAUUUCACAAAACAUUUUAUAUGAUAUUGAUGCUGAUAUAGAUCAUAGUCAUAAUUUAAAACAAAAGUCUGAAGAUAUUUUUUCUUCACAUAAAACUACAUUUGAAGGUUAUGCUACAAUUUUUCAAACAUUAUGUGAUGAUAUUGGUAUACAAUGUAUAACAAUUCCAGGUUAUGCAAAAGAUUCUCAUUUUCAAAUAAAUCAAUCAAAAUUUUCUCAAAUAAAUCAUAUAUGGAAUGCUGUACAAUUAAAUGGUCAUCAUUGGUAUCUUAUUGAUACAGUCUUAGGAAGUGGAUAUAUUGAUAAUAAACAUAAAUAUAAAAAACAUCUUAAUAUUCAUUAUUUUUUAACUCGUCCAGAAUAUAUGAUUUAUAAUCAUUUACCAAAUGAUUCUCAAUGGCAAUUUUUAUCAAAACCUAUAUCAAUGUUUGAUUUUUUUCGUUUACCAUAUUUACAUUCAUAUUAUUUUAUUUAUAAUCUUACAUUGAUUUCACCUCGAUUUUCUAGUAUUGUACUUUUUGAUAAAAACGAAUCUUAUGCUGAAGUAUUAGUUCAAGCACCAAAUGAUGUUCAAUUAACAUGUUCAAUAAAAAAUGAUCAUAAAAGUACUUGUCUUACACAAUAUGAUAUUAGUCGACAAAUUUGGCAAUGUUUAUUUGCACCAUGUAAAAUUGGUUUUCAUACGUUAAUUAUCUAUGCUAAUCGUUUAUUAAUAUCAAAUACAUUAAUUAAUGUUAUUGAAUUAGGUGUUGAAGUAUCAUCGAAAGAUUUUAUACAAAAAAAAAUUUUUCCGAUAACUUAUGGAAAAUUUAUUGAAUAUAAAUGUCAAAUAUUUUCACCACUAGAUGGUAUUCUUAAGUAUGGAACAAAAGUAACAAUUCAUUGUCGUAUUCCUAAUGCAGCUUAUGUUAGAAUUUCACUUGAUGGCAUUUGGUUAGAAGAAAUGACGUUAAAAAAUGAUAUAUUUAAACAACAAAUUACUGUACCACAACGAGAAAUAAUCGUAUAUGCUCAAUUUAGUAAUAAAAAAUUAACAAAUAUUUAUUAUGGACUUAUUCGAUAUUUAGUAGAUAAAUAA